AUGUCCUCUCUCACCCCCACCCUCACCACUCCGCUAACAACCCUCCUCUCCAUAACCCACCCCAUCCUCCUAGCGGGCAUGGCCCACACCUCCACGGCCCCCCUCGCCUCCGCCGUGUCCAACAGCGGCGGCCUCGGCGUCAUCGGCGGCCUAGGCUACACCCCCGCCCAACUGCGCGCCAUGAUCCGCGAGUUGAAAUCCCUCCUCACCAGCCCCACCCUCCCCUUCGGCGUCGACCUCGCGCUCCCCGCCGUCGGCGGCACUGCCCGGAAAACCAACCACGACUAUACGAAAGGGCGGCUGGACGAGCUCGUCGAUGUCGUUGUUGAAGAAGGGGCGACGCUGUUCGUCUCGGCGGUCGGUGUCCCGCCGGAGGGGGUGGUGCAGCGGUUGCACAACGGGGGCGUGAUGGUGAUGAACAUGGUGGGGCAUCCGAGGCAUGCGGAGAAGGCGUUCGAGGCUGGUGUGGAUAUUGUGUGCGCGCAGGGUGGCGAGGGGGGUGGGCAUACGGGGGAUAUCAGUGCGAAUUUACUCGUCCCUGCGUGUGUGGAUAUCGCGACGCGGUACCGUCCGCCUAUGCUGGGCGGGAAGGCGGGCAUGGUCGUUGCGGCAGGCGGGAUCUAUGACGGGCGGGGUUUGGCGGCGGCUUUGAUGAUGGGAGCAGUGGGGGUAUGGGUAGGGACGAGGUUUGUGGCGAGCGAGGAGGCGGGGUGUAGUCAGGGGCAUAAGGAGGCGGUGGUGGGUGCGGGGUGGGGAGAUACAGUGAAGACGUUGGUGGUUAGUGGUAGGCCGUUGAGGGUGAGGAGGAAUGGAUAUAUCGAGGGUUGGGAGAGGAGGGGCGAGGUGGUUAGGGAGUUGGUGGAGAAAGGCGUGGUGCCGAUGGAACAUGAUAUGGAGGAGGAUAGGGAUGUGGAUUUCCCGUACUUGAUGGGGGUUGUGUCAGCGUCAAUCAAUGACGUUAAGCCUGCCAAGGAUAUCGUUGACGGUAUGAUCGAAGAGGCAGUUGAGUGUUUGAGAAUAGGUAGCGGGUUUACAUGUGGGAAGAAAAGUAAACUAUGA